AUGCGUGAGAUCGUCCACAUCCAGGGAGGCCAGUGCGGCAACCAGAUCGGCGCCAAGUUCUGGGAGGUCAUCUCCGAUGAGCACGGCGUCGACCCCACGGGCACGUACCACGGCGACUCGGACCUCCAGCUCGAGCGCAUCAACGUGUACUACAACGAGGCGACGGGCGGCCGCUACGUGCCCCGCGCGAUCCUCAUGGACCUCGAGCCCGGCACCAUGGACUCCGUCCGCGCGGGCCCCUUCGGCCAGCUCUUCCGCCCCGACAACUUCGUCUUCGGCCAGACCGGCGCGGGCAACAACUGGGCCAAGGGCCACUACACGGAGGGCGCCGAGCUCAUCGACUCCGUCCUCGACGUCGUCCGCAAGGAGGCCGAGUCCUGCGACUGCCUCCAGGGCUUCCAGCUCACCCACUCCAUGGGCGGCGGCACGGGCGCCGGCAUGGGCACCCUCCUCAUCUCCAAGAUCCGCGAGGAGUACCCCGACCGCGUCAUGUCGACCUACUCGGUGAUCCCGUCGCCCAAGGUGUCGGACACGGUCGUCGAGCCCUACAACGCGACCCUCUCCGUCCACCAGCUCGUCGAGAACUCGGACCAGUGCUUCACCCUCGACAACGAGGCCCUCUACGACAUCUGCUUCCGCACGCUCAAGCUCACGACGCCGACGUACGGCGACCUCAACCACCUCAUCGCGGCGGCCCUCUGCGGCACCACGUGCUCCCUGCGCUUCCCCGGCCAGCUCAACUGCGACCUCCGCAAGCUCGCGGUCAACAUGGUCCCGUUCCCCCGCCUCCACUUCUUCAUGGUCGGCUUCGCGCCCCUCACGUCGCGCGGCUCCCAGCAGUACCGCGCGCUCACGGUGCCGGAGCUCACGCAGCAGCAGUUCGACGCGAAGAACAUGAUGUGCGCCGCGGACCCCCGCCACGGCCGCUACCUCACGUGCUCGUGCCUCUUCCGCGGCCGCAUGUCCACGAAGGAGGUCGACGAGCAGAUGCUCAACGUCAUCAACAAGAACUCGUCGUACUUCGUCGAGUGGAUCCCGAACAACGUCAAGUCCGCGAUCUGCGACAUCCCGCCCAAGGGCCUCAAGAUGUCCACGACGUUCAUCGGCAACUCCACGGCCAUCCAGGAGACGUGGAAGCGCGUGGCGGAGCAGUUCACGGCCAUGUUCCGCCGCAAGGCGUUCCUCCACUGGUACACGGGCGAGGGCAUGGACGAGAUGGAGUUCACGGAGGCCGAGUCCAACAUGAACGACCUCGUCUCCGAGUACCAGCAGUACCAGGACGCGACGGCCGAGGAGGAGGGCGAGUUCGACGAGGACGAGGAGGGCGACGACAUGAUGGGCUAA